UCGAAUCUAGUCAUGGCGUUUUCUGAUUUUGUUUUUUAGGAUGCAAACGUAUACUUUCUAACCGGCCGCCUGGUUUGGAUGAAACGUGAAGAAAGACCGAUGUGAGCCCAGUUGAAUGGUUCGAACCUCCUUCCGGUGGAUGUUUGCUUUUUUUCUUCCCGUCGUCCCUCGUGCCGGGCAUGGUGGCGCCUGGAAUUCAUUAAAGGCAAAUGUCUGACAGUUGUUUAUUAUCAUAAUUACAGUAAUCAACCCCCCUCCCCCGUUAAAGUACCUUGGAUGUUCGCUGCGACUAACAAGCAAGCUCUGCAUAACCCGGGCGGUGGCUGGCCCUGCAGAGCAAUGGAGGAACUGGUUCAUGAUUUGGUCUCUGCUCUGGAGGAAACCUCUGAACACACACGGGGGUGUCCAGAGUUUGGAGAUGAAGCCUCCCGGAGUUCGGCUGCCUGCCUUCUAAAGCGGCAGGCUAGGAAAAGGAGAGGCAGGAAGAGGCGAUCGGACGCUGGACAUCACAUCUGGGAGCAUGGCCACUGUAUGAGUGAGGGCUCUGAAUCUAGCCUGGAUGAGGCAAUCCGGGACUACAGAGAAAAUAACACUUACAGUGACUCGGACGAUCACUUGAUAGUUGCCAAACGUCUAUCUUCCCUGAAUGUAACAGCAGUUAGGGGAAAAAGGCACUCCUGGCAUGAGUCUGAUUCUGUCACUGACAGUAACUUAGGUGGUAGAUCUUUGCGAAGGAGAAGGAAGGUCAAACGUAUGGCUAUAGAUCCACCAGCAGAGGUCAGUAAUGCACUUCACCCACUGACCCAGGGCAAAGCUCCAGUCAUGGACUUAGAAGGACAACAGGCACAGCCAAACCAGCUCCACUUCCAUCUCCAAGUCCAGGAGAUCAGCAAGAACAAGAUCAUCAAGAGAAAGCGACUAGAAGUCCCAGAUGAUGGAGUUGUAGUGGAAAGUGAAGAAAUGUGCAAUACAAAUAAGAACAAAAUGGAGUAUGAGGAACAGAAAGGCUCAGAUGAUAACAUGAGUGACAGUGAAUCCAGCAGCCUCAGCAGUAGUGAUGCUGGCUUGUUUACCAAUGAUGAAGGAAGACAAGGAGAGGGGAAAUCGGAGGGCCAGCCAGCCAGGCCACUUUUGGCACACCUCAACACCAUUUGGCAGAAUGACUGGGGUGACGAUGAACAAAGUGAUUGGUUCUUUGAGGGUGAAUCUGGUGGGGCAUGUGGUAUUGCCGGGAUCAUUCCCUGGUGGGAGCAAGAUGAUGCUCUGGAACUGGAGAGUGAACUGCCAGAUCCGGUAUUUGAAAGCAUCUUAACUGGCACCUUCCCUCUCAUGUCGCAAACAGCCCAGAGAGGUUUCCAAGCAAGACUCACUCGACUGUCUGGAAUGGCAAAUAGAAAUGGCAGAAAGGGACCCAGGAAGAUUUCUACAAAGAUUAACACUCCUGGGCCAGGCAGUAAUGACAGACUUGUCCACUUUUCCCAGGACCCCCAUAACCAAGAACAAACAAGCGUUCAUUUUGGAUCACUGUGUACAGGAGAUAUCAAACGUAGAAGAAAAGCAGCACCUCCCUCUGGACCAUCGGCAGCAGUGUUUGUAGGUGAAAAUGCCCAGCCUAUCCCAGAAACCAACAUUGGCAGUCGGAUGCUGCAAAGCAUGGGCUGGCUUCCUGGCACCGGCCUCGGACCAGACGGCAAAGGGAUCGCUGAACCCAUUAGAGCUUUACGGCGACCAAAAGGGGUUGGACUUGGCUUUUGCUGACAGACAAAUACUUGGCACAAUGGAAACAACUACAGUCCUUGCUCAGAAAAGUGGGAAGACAUUGGUAUAUGUGGUCACAAAAUAGCGUCUGUAUUAAAUGAUCCUUAAUUGUAUUUUUGAAUUCAGCACACAUGCUUAUUUCUGAGUAGGUGUCAAUGUUGAUUUACUGUAUUAAUUGUUAUGGAGGAUUCUAGAUAUUAGGAAGUGAAUUUAAUUGCUGUACACUGAUACACAAGGCCAAAGGUCUUUGCAGGCAGUAAUUCCAUUCCAUCCAAAGUGUGGUGUCUGCAAGUUGGCUGAGGCUGCAGAUAUGAAUUUAUUGUGAAAUAUGGCAGUGGUAUGACUCUUCCAAUCCCCAUAACGUGAAUAUCUCUGAAUGAUUUGCAAGUUUGUCAUUAUAUUACCACUGCUCUAUUGAAAAGAUACUGAAGUUGAUGUUUAGAAAAGUGAUAACAUUGUUGCAAGAAGAAACUCAGACUAUAUGCAACCUGCCCAAGCAGUUAAAUAGGUUCAGUGGUUUCUUAAUAUCUAGAAGUCUUUUUGUUCUUGUUGAAGUAAAUUUAUUUUAAAUUCAACAUUGUAUUUCUUUAAUGUCUAAAAAGAUUAUCUACACCGCCUGGGAAUGAAAGGAUUUUAUUAGCAUGACAAACAAAAUGUCCUUGAAUAGAUUCCGAAGUGCAAAGUAAACUAUUUAUUGCACAACAUUCACUGUAUUUAGAUUCCAUUUGAUUUCUAGAUUUCCUUUUUUUAUUGAGCAUUCUGAAUUGCUACAACUUCUAUACCUAUCAAAAAGAAACCAUGUAUUUCAAUGACCUACUUUGGUAAGGUCCUAGUUGCUCUGCCAUAUUGGACAGUGAUCAUUGUGAUUAUAGUGAGCACUCGAGUGUUUUAGUCUGUAUAAAGAAAGCCGCCAGACAGCUGAUUACUGAACUUGGCCGUAUCUUGCGCUUUAAUCAGUUUACUGUACUAAAUUCUAGUAAAUAGAACUGCUUUUAGAUUUCUUCUCAGAUUGCAUCAAGGUAACAGCCUUUUAAAACCCUUACACAGUAUAGUUUCUGACCAGUUUCAUGCAUUUUAGAAAUAUUGCCUAUUUAUUGGCUGCUCUCACUAAUCAGAUCACUUGAUUUAGCAAAUCUAUCCAUUAAUUUGUCCUACAGUUUGUGAGAAAUUACCUCAUUUAAUAUACUAAAUGACAUUAAAUUAAAAAAAACAAAUUUGGUUUUAUUAAACAUAAAACAGAGUUGUAAAUGUCUGAUCUAGAGUAAUAUUUCUUUCAUAGACUUUGUAGUACUAUCUUGUCAUUUUUGUUGUAUUGCAGAGGCCAUAGUACCAACAUAUAUCUCAAUAUAACAGCUAAGGUGCCCGAAUAUUUGUCUAAAAAGUACUCCAGAUGUCACCCCAAAAUGCAUACUCUGCAGUCAGUCUAUGAUAUACUUUUUAACAGCAAAAAAAAAUGUUGUAAUUUAUGUAAUUUUUGUGGCGAGACAAGUCAACAGCAGCUACAUAAAAUGUUGUGUAAUGGUAAAAGGUAAUAUCAAUAUACAUUCUGAGCAAAAAAGUAGGUUCAGAAAAUAUGCAGUUAAUUGCAGGUAUUUCUGAGCUGACAAGUAUAAAUAGAAAUUUACAAGGGGAUUGGGAUUUUCUUAAUACAGUGGUUAAUUUAAGUGGAAUUCACUUUUCUUAAUUUGUCAAGUAAAAGUUAAUUUAAACUCAGUUGAAAGAGCUACCCUGGAAGGGACUGAAGAUUUUGUUUCAACUUGCGGUCAUUUUUCUAUUUACCCCGGGCUAGUUUAGCUCAUUUGGAAGUGUUGCCUUUUUUUUUUAAUUUGCCAACUUAUAUCUAAAUUGCACUAUGCUAUUGGUGGCUUGAUACUUUUAUAAUUAGUAAUUAGUCCAAGUAUAUUCACGUCCUUUAAUGGACCAGGAAGGGAGAUGCCUCCCUUAGAAUGUGCAGUUAUCGUUUGAAAGGUGACUUUUAUUACCUUACAUUCCACAGAGUGCUAACGUAAGAACAGAGCAGGCCCAUCUGUGUCAAAUACCUUAAUUGGACAACUCUGCUUCAUGGCAUAUCUUCAAAAAAAACAGAGCGACUGGGUCAUCGGGCUGAACAUGCAAUAUGAAUGAUAAAAAAAAACCUGCCCUCUAUUAUAAAUGAGCCCAAUUAUAGGCAUAUUGUUAUUGCUUCAGAGGCAGUCAUCUUGCAUUCUGUGAGAAGUAAUCGGGUAAAUCAAGCAGUUCUAAUACACAGAAAUGACAUAACACUGGAACAUUAUGGCAUACAAUAGAUCUGAAUUGACAAAAAUGACUUAAAACCAAUAUAUACGAAUUGCACUAUGCUAAUAAACUAUUCUGUGGAAGAAUGAUUGGGGUAAUUUGCUCAUAACAGUAUAGUUAUCUGUUGCUUAUACUGUUUAACUAUUUUUUUACGUGCUAAAGCAUGUUAUGAAUGAGAAAGCAACUGGUCAAACUUCCAAUUUACCUGGUACCCAUCCUCAAAAGCAAGCCCCAUUUUGUUAGCAACAUUUUAUUGGAGAGACAGCUUGUAAUGAUGCAGUUUGGGGUUUAUUGUUUAGUCUGAUCAUUCUGAUGGUGGCUUCUAACAAUCAGUAUCAGGAAUGAAGUUCCAGGUAUUUUCUCUCUAAUAAUGUGAAAUCCUCUCACAUUGUGCUUUUGCUCCAAGUUCCAAUAACAACUACAAUUGAAAUCAUAAUAGGAUAUAAGCUGAUUUAUCUUUAUACUUCUUGUAUUUUGUGCUUGUUCUUAGUUUUAAUGUGCAUCUUGUGAAAUGUCUCAUGUGCUUACUGCAGCCUGAUGUGUAAACCCUUAAAUUUCUACUUAAUAGUAAUACCAUGUUCAUUUAACAGUGUUAAGAACCAGUAUUAUUUCUCUGCACAAACAAUAAGAGAAUACCAACUGUUCUUAGACUUAAUUACUUACCCAGUAGAUUAAACUGUAUGAAUAACCUAUGAGGUGGAGUAACUCUUAUCUGGCAUUUUGCAAACAGGUAAAUAAAUGAACAUCCAGCCUC